AUGCGUCUUGCCCCGCAGCCAAGCGCGCAACCCUUGCGGCUCAUAGUUCUGCUCCUCCUCUCCACGGGGGUGAUCACAUCCCCGGUGCUCUCCUCUGGCUGCCCGGACAGGUGUGUGUGUGAUGACCAGCUGGUGGUCCAGUGCGCUGGGCAGCAUCUGACCACCUUCCCGGUCAACUUGCCGCUGGCCACGCGGCAGCUCAUCAUCUCCAACAACCGCAUCGUGGAGCUGCCGCCGCUCGCGCUCAACUACCUCUCCGAUCUGGUGUACCUGGACUGCAGCAACAACUCCCUGACGGAGAUAUCAGAGUCCACGUUUGGGAAUCUACGCAAGCUCGCCUACCUGGACCUCUCCUUCAAUACCUUGAUCCGAAUCGAGGACAGGACGUUCGGCCCCUUGACGAGUCUGGUGAUGCUGAGGAUGACAGACAACCCGGGGCUCUCGGAGAUUCAUCCGGACGCCUUUGCGGAAAACGCGGCCCUUCAGGUUCUGGAUGUGAGCCGGAACAACCUGACUGUCCUCAACAUCACCUCUCUGAUCGCGCUGCCCGCCCUGCGCUCGGUGGGGCUCAGCGGGAACCCGUGGAGCUGCGAGUGCGACAACGAAGACCUGUGUCUGUGGGUCCACCUGGAGGGUUUCAAGUUCCAAGAUGAGGGCCAGACAGUGUGUGGCUCACCUGCUGACAUACAGGGCCGUCGACUGGGUGAGGUGGGCAUCCAGCUACGGACGUUAUGUCACCAGACACUGGGCUCCUGGGACUAUCUUUUCUUUGUCGUCAUCGGCUUUGUCAUCUUUGCUGCUGGCACCGUGUCGGCCUGGGUGAUGGGCGUCAUCAUGGUGCUCUACGAGCGAUACAUCAAGAAGAAAGACGAGCAGCUCGACGUGGACAACGAGGAAGAAACCAGUGAGGCGGGUCGUACCUCACGGGCCAGGAGUGACCAUGGCAACGGGAACAUAAAAACCUCACAUAAUGUUUAA